GCAACUCUCGCUUUGCAGCAGCGUCUCCGGGAGGCCGUGGCGGUGCUGGGCGGGGGCGGCCUUCUCUGCGCCUCGUACCUGGUGGCCGUGGGUGAGGAGCGGUUCUACGCCGAGCGUCUGAUGCCGGGGCUGCAGCGGUUGCUGGGGCCCGAGACCGCCCACGUGCUCGCCAUCCGCCUGCUCAGCCUGGGGGUCCUGCCCCGCGUGGCCCAGCGCGACUCGGCCAUGCUGGAGGUGUGCGUCCUGGGACGGAGGUUCCGGAACCCAGUGGGCCUGGCGGCCGGCUUUGACAAGCACGGGGAAGCCGUGGACGGGCUCGCCAAGCUGGGAUUUGGCUUUGUGGAAGUGGGGAGUGUCACCCCACAGCCUCAGGAAGGGAACCCCAAACCUCGGGUCUUCCGGCUGCCAGAGGACCAGGCUGUCAUUAACAGAUACGGCUUUAACAGCCAUGGACAUGCCGCCGUGGAGCGUAGGCUUCGGGCCCGGCAGGGAGCACAGCUCCAGCUCACGGAAGCUGGGAUGCCCCUCGGAAUAAACCUGGGUAAGAACAAGGGCUCGGCAGAUGCUGCGCCAGAUUACGUGGAUGGGGUCCGGACGCUGGGCCCGCUGGCCGACUACCUGGUGGUGAACGUGUCCAGUCCAAACACGCCGGGGCUGCGGGACCUGCAGGGCAAAGCCGAGCUGCGCCGCCUGCUGGCCAAGGUGCUGGAGGAGAGGGAUGCCCUGAGGUGUGAGCGCAAGCCGGCUGUGCUGGUGAAGAUUGCCCCUGACCUGACUGCCCAGGACAAGCAGGACAUAGCCAGUGUGGUGACCGAGCUAGGUGUGGAUGGGCUGGUCGUCACCAACACCACCACCAGCCGUCCCAGCAGCCUGCGGGGCACCCUGCGCGCAGAGCCUGGCGGCCUCAGCGGGCGGCCCCUGCGAGCACUCUCCACGCAGACGGUCAGCGAGAUGUACGCCCUCACCCAAGGGAAGGUGCCCAUCAUUGGCGUGGGCGGGGUGAGCAGCGGGCAGGACGCACUGGAGAAGAUCCGGGCCGGGGCCUCCCUGGUGCAGAUGUACACGGCGCUCACCUACCAGGGGCCCCCUGUGGUGGGGGUGGUGAAACGGGAACUGGAGGUGCUGCUGAGGGAGCAGGGGUUUCAGAGUGUCACAGAAGCUGUUGGAGCAGAUCAUCGGUGCUGACGGGCGUGUGGUGCUGUGAAUGGGGCUCUCUGCGCUGCCCCCGGAUGCCCCAGCCUGGAGAAGCUGCAGCACCCUGGGAACAGGGCUUGGUACCUCUUGGGUGUGAGCCAAUCUGGUCUUUGGACUGAGUCAUCCCCUGUGUAGAAUGUGGGUGGGUGGGGGGGUCUCGUGAUGUACAGAGACCCCUGAGUGGGCUAACGGGGUCAUGGUGAGCUUGUGGUCUCUGUCCAGUGGUGCCCUGGGCAUGUGGGGAAGGCUCCCAGCUGCCCUGCAUGGAGGGACCUGAGCAAGGCCUGGGCAGGGGAGCUCUUCCCAGAUGUCUGCUGAGCAGUGCUGGCAGUGUGGGGCCGGGCUGAUCCUUGCCAAUCCUGAGCAGCUGCAGGUCGGGGUCCCUGCCCUAUGAAGCUGUGAUGCAUGCUCUGGUGGCACGAGGCCUGGCCCGCUGCUGGGGUGGUGCCAAGUCCCUGCCCCCCUUCUCCAGCUGGGAAGUCUUCGCGAUUUGCCUGCGAAGGGGCUCGCCUCCCCCCACCCCCCAUGUGGGUGCACAAGGCCUUGAGCCUGACGCGGCCCUGGCCAUGCUCUUCAUGGAGCCAGCUGGGCCAGGCAGUGCCCUGAGCAGCGUCACUGGCAGCCCUGCUGUGCGCCGCUGCCCCAGCCCAGCCCUCGCUGGCUUGCAGGGCCCUGCCUGAGCGCUGGCUUGGCCUUCACCUCCCUGGCCAUAGCUGUCUGUGCUGCUCCCCGGGACUGGCUGGCUGGGGGCUGUAUCUGAAGGAGACUGGGGUCGGGGGACCAUUCCUGGGCCUGGCUUCUCACUGGAUUGUCAGUAAACUUGCUGCUCGUUCAGUCUCGUGUCCCUUUUGGUUUUUUUGUUUUUUUGGGGCGGGGGGGAGGCUUGUGGCUCUCGUCCCCAGCAGCCCGGGGGCUGGAGCAGUGGUUCAGGAUUCCCUUAGCCCUACAGCCCCCCCAGCCCUGGGCGCUCUCGGGGAGGGGCAGGGUGCUGGCAGCUCGUGGGGCUGUGCAGCUGUCACUGGAGCAGGGUAGCUUGGCUGAGGAGCUGCCUGGGGUGUAGGGGGAGGGGCUGGGCUGGGCUCUGCUCAGCUGUUGCCAGCUGCAGGCAGGGGGCCUAGUGCCCUGCUCUUGUCUGAUUUUUAGGAGGUUAAUAUUAUUAAUUUGGCUAAUACUGGUUAUAGGUUUGCCAGUUAAUCUGAUUAGAAGAUAAUAGGGUUUUUGUUUCAAAAUCAGUGCAAAGGACCCUCGGGGGUAUGACAAGAUACUUAUACUGAGACAAAUAUAGUCUUCAAGACUUUUAUUGAGAUAAAUGGAAUUAUAAUGGUAAUUAAAUGGUUUAAUAGUA